AUGGCGCCGAUCGCGUUCUCGCGCGUGCGCUGCCUGCUGGAGAACUACCUGCGCUCGGACGAGCGGCGCCGGCCCACGACACUCCCACACGAACGCUGGAGCGCCCCGCGCACUUACCCGUCCCCGCCACCGCCUGCGGUAGCGGCGACCGUGCGCAGCCAGAUCUCGUCGCCGGUCCUAGCGCGCGCUGCGACCGUCCCUUUCAAGAUCCUGCACGGCUUCGUGAUUCCCGAAGAGGAGUUCGUGCGCCCGGGUUCGCCCGCCAACGCCGCGCUCAAGAACUGCAUCGCCCCUGUCACCACGACCAUCGCCCAACGUGAGAGGCUGGCGGACCGGACGCUUUGCGCUGUGGAUUCAAAGCUUCAGGUCUCCAUCAACGUGGCCUGUCGCAGAGGCGUGACGAACGCAGUGGGCGUCUACCUGUGCGAGAUCCGAACCUGGAUCCUUGAGCCAGGGUUUUUGCAUCGGCCUCCACCUUCGUUGACGGGCAUUCCUGGCCCACUUAUAGACUGUGUUUGGCCUCUACAGCAAGACACGAAGAACAGCUACAGUCGAAGUGAGAACAAGACGAACCAAAACAAGUUCUUCAUGGUGAGAAUCCAGCUAAUGACGACAAAUUUAACGACGAAUUUGAACGUGUGGGGUGGUGCUGGGGAGAAGAUAGAUUCAACAGCUGGCAACAACAAUGAGAAGGUGUUGUGCUGUGACCAAAAUCUGUACCCCAGUGUGUAG